AUGUCCCCAGAGAUUGGUAGACUGACGAAUUUGCAAACACUGUCAAAGUUCAUUGUGGGCAAACAGAAUAUGCCAGGACUAAAAGAGUUGAUGAAUGUGAGGCUUUUACGGGGAAGUAUUUCUAUUCAAGAGUUGCAAAAUGUAACAGAUGCUCGAGAUGAAAAUGAGGCGAAUUCAUGGGCUGGGCAAGACAUUGAAGAAUUAGAGUUGGCAUGGAGUAGCGAGUUCAACGAUCUUCGAAAAGAAAAGCUUGAAUUGGAUGUGCUUGCGAAGCUAAAACCACACAAACACUUGAAAAGGCUCACUAUUGAGUUCUACGGGGGCACAAAAUUUCCAAGUUGGAUAGGUGAUCCAUCAUUCUCUGAAAUAGUGAAGCUGACUCUUGGAGGCUGCAGAAAAUGCAGAUCCUUACCGGCACUGGGGCAACUACCCAAGCUCAAAAAGCUACACAUCCGAGGCAUGCAUGGAGUACAAAAAUUGGGAGUUGAGUUUUACAAGGAUGAUUUUUGUCUGGGACAUCCCUUUCCGUCAUUGGAAAGUUUGAUAUUUGAAGACAUGCCGGCGUGGGACGAAUGGUCAUGUUCUAUUGGUGUUGAAGAAGCUACAAGUCAAUUCCCUUGCCUCCGCGUGUUCAGAAUAAUUGAUUGUCCUAAAUUGAUUAGGGUUCCACUUUUGAGGCUUCCCUCUCUUGAAACAUUAUAUUUGGAAGAGUGUCAUGAGGCGGUGCUAAAAAGUAUUGUUGAUGUGCAGUCGUUGGUAGGGCUUCAAAGUCUUGUCAUCAUAGGAUGCAACCAACUUGUGUUCUUUGCAAAGACAGGUUUCUCGCCCACGCUCAAAUCUCUUACAAUACGGAAAUGCGAGGCAUUGACCUCUCUGCCAGAUGGCAUGUGCGGACUUGAAAGCUUGGAAAUUGAAGAAUGUUCAUCAUUGACGUCUCUGCCCGAUGGCAUGUGCGGACUUGAACACUUGGAAAUUAAUAGAUGUUCAUCAUUGACGUCCUGGCCCACCGUUGGGUUACCCACAGCCCUUAAGGUUCUUACAAUUAGAGAUUGCAUGAAUUUGGAGUAUUUUCGGAAGGUUUCAGAGCCGACGAUGAUGCUACAGCAGAAGGAGAAGGAAGAUGACUUUAACAACAUCAAUGUUAUUAAUAUGUCAUCACUUAUAUGCUUAAUCAUCUCGAAGUGGCCAAAGGUUGGAAUGUUACUACUACCUGGGGUUGAGGGGUGCGUAAAUAAUAAUAAUUUCGCUAGUCUCCGUCAAUUGAGCAUACACGAUUGCGAUGUCUUGGAGUCGUUGUCCUUCCCAGAAAGAGGCUUACCCAACCUCAGAUUACUUCGUAUCCGGAGUUGCGUGAAUCUCCAAUCCUUGGCUAUGACCAACCAGAUUCUUCAAAGCCUCGAAUCCCUUCAAAUCUGCAUUUGUGAAAGUCUGGAGUCCAUGUACUUCCCGGAAAGAGGAGGCUCUACCCCCAACAACCUCAGAUGGCUUACAAUCAUAUAUUGUUCAAAUCUGAGGCGGUUGCCAUUUUUUGAUCAGAAUAGUCAAACCCUAAGUGAGCUCACAAUAUAUGAUUGUCCAUGUAUUAUGACGUCCUUUCAUCAAGGGAAUUGGAAUUUGCCCCCCAACCUAAUCAAACUUACUAUUGGUGAUAAUGGGAAAUUAGAGAAGCCCUUGUCGGAGUGGGAUCUGCAAAGACUCACCUCUCUUCGACAAUUCGAAAUUGGUGGUGGAUAUCCAGAGCUGGUCUCCUUUCCUCCUCCUGAUCUGCUUCCUUCAACUCUAACCUCAUUAUGGAUCGAGAAGCUGCCGAAUCUGGAAUCCAUACCAUUGAAGGCCCUCCAAAAUCUCACCACUCUUCAACAUCUAGCCAUCUCUCACUGCCCUAAGCUUCGAUCCUUGCCAAAGGAAGGCCUGCCUUCCACACUUCUAAGUCUUGAGUUGGUUCGUUGUCCACAUCUUAGAGAACGAUGCCAAGGUGACUACUGGCCCAACAUCCCCUACGUCAAUUUAGAUGCCCUGGACACCCGACAUUUUUAG